UUUUCUGAUUGUCGGACUUUGUAAAAUGUUUCAAAGCCUAUGUAGAAAGACUCAAGUGCUCUGCACUCGCCGCGUACGCGAGCAAUGGGUGCGCUCCUUUAUGGUCGAGCUGCAGCCCGUCGAGCAGAUCGUGCUAGUCCGCGAGAAGCAGGACCAUAAUGGACCGACCAUGCAGUUUCCAGGAAUUUGGCUUCGCGACAAUUGCUUGUGCGACGCUUGCUUUCACAGAAACUCACUCAGUCGUCUGCCGCACGGAUGGAACAACUUUGAUACCAAAGUCAAGGUCCAAGAUCUCAGCGUAAAUGUGGAGCAGGAGACCCUUCACAUCAACUGGUCGGAUGCUCACAGAUCCGAAUAUCCUUUGGAAUGGUUGCGAGAACGCGACUUCUCCUCAGCAAACCGACAACGGUAUUUAAGCCACUCUUAUCGUCCUGAAUCACAACAUUGGUCGGGCGAUCAGUUCCAGAAUAUUUUGCAAAAAUUCGAGUACAGGGAUCUGGUAAGUCGUGAUGACACUCUGGCUGAGUGGCUGCGCACGUUGGCCAUUUAUGGCGUGGCUCUGAUAAAGAACUCACCACUGGACAUUGGAGUGGUAAAAACACUGUGCAAUCGUGUUGGUUUCAUUCGGCGCACCACCUAUGGGGAAGAGUUCAGUGUGAAGUCGCAGCCGGGCGCCAAAAACUAUUCAUAUUUGGCGGAACCACUGCCCCUGCACACAGACAUGCCAUACUUCGAGUACAAGCCUAGUUUGACAAUCCUUCAUACAUUGGAGCAAUCGGUCUCGCAAGGCGGUUGGAAUCUGCUAGCCGAUGCCUUUUAUGUGGCCGAUUUGCUGCGCGAGAAACAUCCAGAAGAGUUUGAGGUACUGUCUCGGACACGAGUCGACUGGGCGGAUAUUGGCAUGGACAAUGGAGUGUCCUUUCACAAUAUAUGGCGGGCACCAGUCAUUAACCUGGACGCCGAUGGCAACUAUGCACGCAUCAAUCAUAGUGUUCCCCAGCGAGAUAGUCACUUCAGCAUACCUGUGCAGAGAGUUCAGCCCUGGUAUGAGGCGAACGCGCUCUUCGUGCGCCUGGCACAGGAACAGGCAGUCAGUUUUAAAACCACGCCCGGAGAUGUGCUGACAUUCAAUAAUCUGCGCAUGGUGCAUGGACGCACUGGAUACGAUGAUACCGAGCUGAAUGUGCGUCACAUUGUUGGCGGAUUUGUGGACUGGGAUAUUGCCUAUUCACGGUUGCGUGUGCUCCAGAAACAGCAGCAGCAACAACAACAACAAAGACUUCGGCAGCAGCAGCAACUGCAAGGCCAGAAACAAGUCGAGAGUAAAUUGCUGAGUCAGGUCCAGUGAUUGUACACUUAACUCAUUACGUUAGUUAUAACCUAAUUUCUCUAUACCCAAAAUAAACAUGUAACCCACCUUCAAAAAGAUUGUUCGCCUUUUUUCCAAAUAAAGUUUUGGAGCUUAA